AUGACGAUACUAAAUAUUAUAAGGAGCGUAAAAAAUUGCAAUACUUCAGUGCUCAAUGUUGAUGAAGCAUGCCUAUUUGUGAAUUCUGCAGCGGAAAAAGAUAUUCAACUUUGGGCCCAGUUUCAAGAAUGCUUUUUGUGUGACUAUGAGGCAUGGCACACAGUUGGGGCACAAGAAAAUGUUUCAUUUAAAGUGGAAACAAAAUUUCCUUUAUUAUUUCGUUACUCUUUCAAUGCCACCGAAUGGUGUUUGAGGAAUGUUACAUUCAAAGAGUAUGGUUUAUAUGGGUGGAAUAUAUCCGAUGAUGCUUGCAGUGACUUAUACAUUAUAAGGAUACCUGUUGCACAGUUUCUUCCAAUCAUCGUGGCUGUCUCCUUGCUGCUUCUUCUUGGUAUAAUAUCUUAUGUAUUUGCAACAAUUGCAGAAUCAGGAUGUCCCACAAACCUUGGGAGGAGGAGUGCCUCCUUCCCAGAUUUGGAAAAAGACCUUGGUAGCUCAAAACCUGGUGAUGCACCUCCAAUAAUAAGAAAUGAGGUACAGCAAAUAAUCCACCGACAGAAUAGAGUUGCAUCUGUUGACAUCUUCAGAGGCCUAUGCAUAGCACUGAUGAUAUUUGUCAACUAUGGAGGAGGCAGCUACUGGUUUUUCCGCCAUUCUGUAUGGAAUGGCCUCUUGAUAGCAGACCUCUUAUAUCCAUGGUUUAUGUGGAUAAUGGGUUUGAGCCUGACAUUAUCACUGCGCUCACAGUUGUGCUCCAAUAAACCGAGACCCUGUGUCCUCGGACGUGUGUUACGUAGAUCAGUUUUCCUAAUUGCUAUAGGAGUGAUUUUGAACUCAUUUGACAACUACAGAAAAAUUGAUGUAAGGACCCUGCGACUGCCUGGAGUGUUGCAGAGGAUUGGUGUCUGCUACAUGGUUACUGGCACGAUAGAGAGUCUGCUAAUGUCACGGGAAGGGGCUUCCAGGUCUAGAUGCAUAUUUGUGGAAGCAGUCAUGUAA